CAGAGGGCUCCAGUCUGUGGGCACGGCAAGGCUGACUUCUGCGUUGCAAGGAGCAUGGGAGCAGGUUGUCUCGCCUCGGACAAACUGCAUUUCAGCAGCUGGCUUCCAGGUCUUCUCCCUUCAGUGUCAGCAGUUGGGGCUAGGACUCCUGGACCCAGCUUUUCAUGUAGUCCUGAACAGCACUCCACCUCGCUUUGUCCAACAGACCUGGAGAAAAAGGGGGAAAAAAGCCCUACACUUUUAAAUCUGGAUAAAACAGGUUUCUAAUAAAAGCAACCCUUAACUGUUAGGGCUGCAAGAACUGAGAACUGGUGGAUAUUGGAUGUGGAGAGUGAAUUGGUUGAAACUCUCUCAUACUGGCUCCCUCUUUGUCCCUCCGUGAGCCUGGGAAUGGGUGUGAUCUCCGAGUAGGAGUGUCUGUAGUUAAGUAGAGGAUUGAAUUACCGAACGCUGCUGUUCCCUAGCUGACAAGGUAGCAGAACAGCAAACAAAAGUGCCUUGAAACCAGCUCGCCAAAGAGGAGAGAAGGCUGUGAGUUUAGCAGAGGAGGGACCUGUGAGGACACUGCACACUUUCUAGUAAGCUCAGGGGACAGGAUGACAGACGGUGACUCAAAUCUUCCAAUUAUCGAGAGAAAGCUGGGACUCCAGAUAUGGGGCAUAGAGAACAUGAAGAUGGUUCCUGUUCCUGAAAAGGCUUAUGGAACUUUUUUUGAAGGGGACUGUUACAUAAUUCUACACAACAAAAGGACCUCUCGUGGCUCAGCUACAGACUUGCAUUACUGGAUUGGCAAGGAUUCAUCCCAGGAUGAGCAAGGUGCUGCUGCCCUGUACGUCAUCCAGAUGGACGAUGCACUUGGGGGGGACCCCGUGCAGCACCGCGAAGUGCAGGGACAUGAAUCUGAGACCUUCCAAAGCUACUUCCGGAACGGCAUUGUCUACAAGAAGGGAGGAGUAGCUUCAGGAUUCAAACAUGUGGAGACCAAUAUGUACAACAUCAAGCGUCUUCUUCAUGUCAAGGGGAAAAAGCACAUAUCAGCCACAGAGGUAGAGCUUUCCUGGAACAGUUUUAAUAAGGGUGAUGUUUUCUUGCUGGACCUCGGGAAAGUGCUGAUUCAGUGGAAUGGACCCAAUUGCAGCAUUGCGGAGAAAUCUAGGGGCCUCGCAUUGGCUCGUAGCAUCAGGGACAGCGAAAGGGGUGGCCGUGCUCAAAUAGGCAUUAUUGACAAUGAGAAGGACUCUCCAGACCUCAUGCAAAUCAUGAAGAUGGUGCUGGGUGAGAGGCGUGGAGAGCUCCAAGACGCCAUCCCAGACACAAAAGCAGAUGAGCUGCAGAAGGCAAAUGUCCGGCUUUACCAUGUCUACGAGAAGGACAAUGACCUGGUGGUACAGGAAAUAGCUACUCGGCCCCUGACACAGGACCUGCUCCAGCAUGAGGACUGUCACAUUUUAGACCAAGGUGGCUUUAAAAUCUAUGUUUGGAGAGGAAAAUUAUCCAGCAAGGAAGAGAAGAAAGCAGCCUUCAGCCGAGCUUUGGGUUUCAUCCAAGCCAAAGGCUAUCCUCCUUCCACCAACAUUGAAGUGAUAAAUGAUGGAGCGGAGUCAGCCAUGUUUAAACAGCUCUUCCAGAAGUGGACGGAAAAGGAUGAAACGCAAGGGCUGGGCAAAGUCUACACUACCGGCAAAAUUGCCAAGGUGGAGCAGGUGAAGUUUGACACCACUCAGCUCCAUGCCAGACCAGAGCUAGCUGCUGAGCAGAGAAUGGUGGAUGAUGCCUCUGGGGAUGUAGAGGUAUGGAGGAUUGAGGACUUGCACAUGCAGCCAGUGGAUCCCAAGAAAUAUGGGCAGUUCUAUGGGGGUGAUUGCUACCUGGUCCUGUACACCUACCUGAGAUCAGGCAGGCCUCACUAUAUCCUCUACAUGUGGCAGGGUCGCCAUGCCUCUGUGGAUGAAAUCACGGCCUGUGCCCUCAAUGCUGUCGAGCUGGACAAAAAGCAUGGGGAUGAGGCUGUGCAGGUGCGCGUGACAAUGGGCAAGGAGCCAUCACACUUCCUGGCGAUCUUCAAGGGCAAACUCAUCAUUUACGAGGGCGGUACAAGUCGGGAUCAGAAAAGCACGCCCGAGCCUGCAAUCCGCCUCUUCCAGGUGAGGGGCACAGACGAGAUGAACACCAAGGCCACGGAGGUGCCAGCCCGGGCCUCCUCUCUCAACUCUAACGAUGUCUUCCUGCUGACGACCAACCAAGUCUGUUACCUGUGGUGUGGGAAGGGCUGCAGCGGAGAUGAAAGAGAGAUGGCAAAGAUGGUUGCCGAUGUCGUCUCAAAACGGGACAAGCUGACCAUUUUGGAGGGGCAAGAGCCAGCAGAGUUCUGGGAAGCCCUGGGAGGCAAAGCCCCUUAUGCCAGUGAAAAGAGGUUUCAAGAGCGGAACGCCCACUACCAGCCUCGCCUCUUCGAGUGCUCCAACCAGACAGGACGGUUCAUCAUGACAGAGGUGGUAGGUUUCUGCCAGGAGGACUUGGACGAAGAUGACGUCAUGCUGCUAGACACUUGGGAAGAGAUUUUCCUUUGGGUUGGCAAAGCCUCCAAUACAUAUGAGAGAAAUGAAGCAAUUGCCUCAGCGAGGGAGUAUCUCAAGACCCAUCCAGCAGGGAGAGAUCUGGCAACUCCAAUAAUACUGGUGAAGCAGGGCUAUGAACCCCUCAACUUCACAGGAUGGUUCAAUGCUUGGGACCCCUACAAAUGGAGCGAUGGCAAGUCCUACGAGGAGAUGAAGAACAGCUUAGGAGAUGUGUCGGCUAUAUCUGAGAUCACAGUGGAUCUUAACAACAUCAGCCUGAACAAGAGAAACAUCAGUGUGAUCAACUCAACUGUUUCAAAUACAAAAAGACCUUCCUCUGAGUACAAGUCACACUUCAACCACAGUGACAGCAACAGCUACAGUAAUAGCAGCAACUACAACAACAGCAGCCAUUCCCCAGUGCCCAACAGUGAAGGAAUUUACUCUCGAGAGGUGCUGAUUAAUAAGACGGUGGAUGAACUUCCAGAAGGCGUGGAUCCUGCUAAAAAAGAGUACUAUCUCUCUGACACUGAUUUCCACGAUAUCUUUGGGAAGUCCAAGGAUGAGUUCUACCAGAUGCCCAAAUGGAAGCAACAGAACGAGAAGAAGCAAUAUGGACUCUUCUGAGACAACAGGGGCCACCUGGCAUCUAAUGACUCUGGGACCAACCUUGAUCUCUUAGGAGCUGCGGGAAAGAAAUGCAGGCAUUUGUCAAUGAACCCAACCUCUUCUCAAUCAGGCCAAGCCCCAAUGCAGUUAUUCCAGCAGCCACUGUUCAAGGGAAAGCUCCUUUCUCCUUGCAAACCCCAAAACCAAACAGGCAAAAUUUUUUGCAGGAGUGACUUUGCAGGACAUUCUUGCCUCUUUUGAGCAUUUUACUGCUGGUAGUCACAAAGAUAAGUGUGUGUCACACAAUCAUAUUGUAGCCUGUCCUCUCCUCUCCCCCUUGCAAAUUGCUACUUGCACAAGGUCAGGGCCUUCCUGAAAUGUAACUUAGGAAAUGUAGGAAACUAGAAAUUUAAAAUUGGGCAGGACCAGUGCUACUUGCAGCUGAUGUGCUGGCUGGGGAGAGGAGGGGAAAGCACUACAGGGAUGGGGGUGGGUGUUGAGGUCAGGAAAAGAUACUGGAGUAGCCAGGUGCGUGAUGGGAUAGCCCGUGGAGUGAGACUGGCCAGUUGAACCCCUUCUUACCCUGCAAAAGAGCUAUUCACUACAGAAAAUCAGUUGCAGAUUAAUGUGCACAACCUGAUGCAGGAAAAAUGAAUGAGAAGCUGGCUUGUAAAAAAAUACAUAUUUAGAAUGUAUUUAUUAGCUGAUUUAUUUCAAGAGGCUGAUGAGCUUUAGGGCUAGAUGCAGUAUUCUGAAUGUCAGACAAGACCCUGAUCUUUUUUUCUUCCAUUGAGAUGGCAUCUCUGUUCUCACUUGGCCUCUCUGACCACAACCAGGUGCAGGUGGGCAGCAGAGUCCUCCUACCCACAGACUAGAGGCCUGGAGAAGCCAGAAGGUUUUGGGGGAUGACCAGAGGCAGAAUUUGUCCCACUGCAGCUUUUGUCAUGGGGCUCCAUCCCUGUGAUCUCUGCGGGGCUGUGAGGGCACGUUUCACAGCGUGAGCUCAACCUGAUCAGGGGGCAGGGGGUAAUAGUAGCGAUCAGUGUUUAAGGGAUGCAACUGUAAACAAAAGGAAGGAACACAUGUGUUUGAAAAAACCCAAAAGAUUCAGGUUUGCAGCUUUAUUCAAUUUCAGCCUGAUCAAUGAUUUCAAAUAAACAGCCAACAGCAACAUGAUAACUGUCCUUUAUCAGCAGAUGGGGUAGGAUGGCGGUGGAGAAAAGCUCUGCAGGGCCACAGCUUCUUCAAACAGCUGAACAUUAUUGGGAUUUUGGAUGUUUUAAAAAGAAAUGGAUAAACUCAGGAGGUGAAGGCCCCUCUGUCUCCAACCACCAUAUAGCAGGGGCCUUGGCAUGGUUUCUCUCCCUGUGCUGGUGCACCUUGCUCCUGAAGGACCCUGUUUGCUGUAUAAUGGGGGUACUUGGAUGCCCUUCCUUCCCCCCGCAGCAGUUGGCCUGUCCAACCCUGCUACAGGGAUGCAGUGUUUGUAUGCUUAGGAGUUACAGAUGACUGUUGACCUAGGAGCAAAGUGCUCUCACGCAAUACCCAGGACCGGUAACAGUGCAGUAACAGUGGAGUGUCACCAGCUGGCUGGCUUGGAGGUAAGGACCUCCAGGGGACAAGGUCUUCUGGAGAAACAGUUGCAUUUAAAAACGGGGGGCUACUUUACGCAGACCACGAUGACUUUAUUACCUCCGUGCUCCCUGGCAGCUGUUUUGGCCCAUUUAUGCUUGAGGACCCGGCACAAAAUCCAUUGCAAACCCCGUGCAGAGUAAGGUAAGAAUCAAGCAGAGACACAAAUCAGCCAAAUUAUCUGCAUGCUUGCUCCUGUUGUGUUCACACCGGAUACAAUCAGCACACAUUAUCCCUGUUUCAGCCAGCAUUGCCACGGCUGGAAGCAGCAAUCCACAUACAAUAUUUAUAUCGCCCUGCUGUGGCAUGCUCCUGCCAGCUCCCAAAUUAAUGAAUUGCAUGUGCUACUUGAUAAAAUUCAGUGAUUCCACCUAUAAACCCUGACUGUAGGCCUAAAGAGUGUCAUGCAAUCAAAUGAAGAGAGGCGGAAAUGCAGUCGAGUUAGGAAGAUUAGGCUGGUUUGCAACGUUUUGCUUUCA